AUGAACGAAGAAGAAACCAAGAGAAGGCUGAAAACCUUGCGACAGUCCCGAACAAUCCGCAGAAACAAGGCGAUGGCCGAGUUGGAGGCAGUCACAGAUCUCCACUCAGGUAACCCGACGUUCGCCGAGGGUCAGCGCCCGGAAGAACUCCUCAUUCUCAUGACUCAGCACGUUGAGCGUAUCCGCGAGUUGGACGGCAAGAUCGCCGACCUGGUGAGCGAAGACGCAGUCGACGCCGAGGCGACCGCUUCGGAAGAAUUUCACAUCGAGAUCGAGCGGGGAAUCGCUGCAAUCAGCGCUGUGACCCAGGUCGGGACCGGCGACCUUGCGGCGCAGGCAGAGAUGCCGACGUUCUACGGAACCCCGGAAGCCAUGCGACACGUCCGAUUCAGGCCCACGAUGAACUCUACCAUGAGCGCGCCACGUCAAAUGCGCGAGGCGACCCAGGUCCCGGACAGUUCGCCACAGCCGGCCGCGCAAGUGGUAUCGACGACAACCGCGCGCUUGCCUCGUGAGCUCGACAUUUCUCCCGAGGUAUUCGCAGGAGAUCGCCUGAGGUACCGUGCCUUCAUAACCCAGUUCAAAUGCUUCGUUGGAAAGAGACCGGAGGCCACUCCGGCGGAAAAGCUGAUGGUGCUCCGGAAAUACGUGACCGGCGAGCCUAGGGACAUCGUUCAGGCUCUCGAGCUGUCGGAUGCAAAUUACCAGAUUGCUCUCGACCUACUGCAUGAGAACUACGCCCGCACAGAAAGCGACAAGGAAAAAAUCCUAUCUGAUCUCCGAAAUCUUCCCCGAAUCCCCCGAUAUAACGAUUUGCCGGCCCUGCGUAAACUUCUUACUGUCCUGCAGGGGAACAUCGCGACUCUCGCAUCCAAUGGGAUUCCGCUCACCGACUUCGCGCUAUCGCUGAGAUCGGCGAUAGAAGCAGCCCUACCGAUUCGGUUGCGCCAAGACUACAAAGAUUCUCGCCGUCUCGAGAAGAAGCUGCUCGCCCUCACCAGAGGUGGCAGCGGAGAGGGGUCUACGGCCGACGACUGCAUCGAGACAGCUGACGAGGAAAGCACCACCGACGCAGACGACAGUGGCACAUCUGUUUCAACGAGGGCUGCCAAAGAGGUCCGCAACCUGAUCGACUUCUUGCGCGGUCGUGUCCGGGACUGGGAAGACAACCGAUACUUAGAUGAGCGGGCUUCGCCGGCUACAGCCGAGGUUCCUGAGCGCCCGGCGCAAGCGCGAGAUGUGCGGCGCCGACCCAAGAGCACCAUCGCGGGUGCUGCGUCGAGACCGUCUGGAUCAGCUGGGACCGGUUACCGGCCGCGACCAUGUUUGUUUUGCCGAACGGCUGAUCAUAACUCGUCCCGCUGUACGGCAAGCUUCUCCAUCGCAAAACGCCGAGAGAUCCUCACGGCUCAGCGGCGUUGCGAGAAGUGCUUCAGGACGAAACAUGCGAACCCCGCCGACUGCCGCGGUCCGAAGGCGCCGUGUGCCUCGUGUGGCUCAAGACAGCACUAUACUUCAAUGCACGGACCUGAUUCACCAAGACAUGGUGAUCGGACAGCCGCUGGAAGUGACGCGACGACCGCCGCGGUGGUCCAGACGGUGAGCGGGGCAAGCGCGGACACCGGCGCACUGCUGCUAACUGCUUGUGCCUAUGUGAUCAACGGUGGGGUCAAGAUUCCUAUCCGGGUGUUCAUGGAUCCCGGAAGUACGCUUACCGUGAUGCUGCCUUCACUCCGAGCCAUGCUCCGCGAUCCUCCCGUUGGUGUAAGCAAUCUCACCAUUCAGGCUUUCGCCUCGACGCUGGCAAGUGAACGGAUUCCGUUGUACAACAUCCGCAUCAUGAAUAUUCGUGGAGGACCAACAAUCGAGCUCUUCGCCCACGAGUACAAGUUCGACGUCGACCCGCCGAAUACGACUACCAAGGCCGUCCUUCAGGCCCUCACCAAUUUCGACCGAGAGAGUCCGCUCGCAGAUAGAACAUAUGUGGGAGAGUGGUCACGCAUGCCACCCGCCUUACUUAUUGGAAUGAAUCAACUCCAUAAGGUAAUGCACAGAGAGCUUCCACAACCCGUCGUGGAUGACAUAACCGCACAGUCAUCGAAGUUAGGGUGGCUCGUUGGGGGUUCGAUUCCCCUCGGUCAGCACCACAUAAAGGGUGAGGUGACGGCGACGCACAUCGUCUGCUGCGCCGCCGGCCUGUCCGCCCGUCAGUCUCUGCAGAUGUCAUCGGCUGCCAGAGCUCUUGAGACGCUGUGGAGCUUGGAGGCGCUGGGUAUAUCGGACCCCCCUGCAGCGUCGCAGAUGUCGGCGGACGAGGAGGAAGCUACUCGACAAUUCAACAGCGAAAUCUCCUUCGAAGAUGGUCAUUAUGUGGUUUCGUUCCCGAAGCGACCGAGCAUCUCUCAACUUCAGAACAAUCUGGGCGUCGCUUCCCAACGUCUCGAGCGAAAAUUAUCGCAGCUCAGGCAAUAUCCCAUGAAAUAUCGACGCUAUCACGCGGAGGUGAUGAAGUUCAUCGACGACGGCUUCGCUGUAGAAGUUCGCGACUUCUCGCCUGGUUCCCGUUCGGAAGUCGAUGGUUCAUACUACAUGCCUCAUCACGAGGUUGUCGUGACGUCGGAAAAGGCGGAAAAAUGGAGAAUCGUGUUUGAUUGCUCCGCAAAGCAGAAAGGCGCCUCGUCCCUCAAUGAUCAUCUCUUACCGGGUCCGAACCUGAACCCCGACUUGGUGUCGCUUCUUCUGAAUUUCCGACUGCACUCCGUGGCGGUGUCGGCCGACGUGAGCAAGGCCUACAUGAGAAUCGCCGUCGCACCGGCAGAUCGGCCGCUGUUUCGAUUCCUGUGGAAGGGACCCGACGCCGACUCCGUCCGGGCGUACCAGAUGCAGCGAGUUACGUGGGGAGCGGCGUCAUCCGGUUUUCUCCUGGCCGCGACGAUCCGGCAUCACUUACAGGGAGCCGACCCCGCGUCGCAGGAUCUCUCGAAAUGUCUAUACGCGGAUGAUUUCUUGCAAAGCUUCGAAGACCCGCAACGCGAUUCAGUUCACCGAUAA